AUGUCUGUUCUCAUUGAUGUGGUGCUGCCGUAUGGCAUGCAAGAGACUACCACUAUUCCAUUUGUGAUGCAGCAUGCUAUGAGGCAUGUCACAUGCUUCCACCCAUGUGCUUUCACUCAACAAGAUUCCAUCCAUCAUUCUCCAUACAUGCUUCGAAAAAACUCACAUCCAACCCUCAUGUUCUUACCUUCGUCUUCCUCUUCUUUUCCACACCAUGAAACUGAUACAUCCUUCGAUACACCUCGAUCAUCAGAACCAACACAUCUAUUAGGUCUAUCCCGACGCGAAAUGAGCGAACGUCGCAUGCAUGCAGAUACCUUUGUCCACAUAUGUCAAAUCAGGAUUGAUAUGAAAACCUCACCACUCACAUUCCCUCGCUCCAUUUGUCAUAAUAAUGCAAAAAACAACGACAACACUGCCGCUCUAUCUACUACUAUCACUUCAACCACUUCUACCAGUAUGAGGAAUACUACCACCAGUCCUACCACACCCAUCAUUCUCGCCACCUUCAUCAGUUCGACAUGCAUCAAUACUCUUCCAAAGCAUGAAGAUUCUCCAUCAUCAUCAUCAUUACCUCCAUCGUUACAUGAACGAUCAUGUCCAUGCAAAAGCUCUUCGCUCUCAUAUAGUCGUCAAAGAGCUCUUACAUUGGAUGCAAGACGACCUGACCAUCCACCACAUCACAAAGAGUCAUUCCCACCGCAUUCGAGCUUCAUCAUGCAUCCAUCCAAUACAUGCAUUCAAUCGCUUUCACUUUCUCCCUCUAGGUUAUUCGUGUGGAUGGAUUUGUUUUUGCAUUUCUUCUUCUUGAAAGAAUAUUCAUUAUCAUGGCCAUACCGUCAUCAUCAUCAUGUCAAAUCAACAGCAACAACAACAACACCACCACGUGACACAUGCCACAUGAGACACCUUAAAGAAGGAAAUUCAUGUCCUCAUACAACCUUAAAUGAUUGGAAUACCUCUCGUGAUGAUGAUAAUCAAGAGGACAUCAACCCCUUACCACAUGUAUCACCAACAUCAACAUCGCAUGUGAUACCUCCUCGUGUGAUUAAUCAUUGUGAUGAAUCCAAUAACAACAAGGACUUGAAACGUUCACCACCACAACGACCAUCAUGCCAAUGUCAUUCCAUAAGAGAAUAUUCUCUUCUUCGCCAUUUCGAUCAACACCGUCCGAUGGCAUUGCGAAAGAAAAACUUUCCUCUCUCUCCUGAGGAAUCUUCUUUGAAAUUCUCUUCCUCCCCGAUGACGACGACGAGUAACAACAACAAUAACCACAUCGACGCGUCUACUCCUCACAACGAGUACACCAAAAAGGACGAACUCUCUUUUUUGAAAAAUAGCAAAAAGAACUACCACGACUAUUCCUACAACAAUAAGUACAACAACAACAACAAUUCACGUUCGUGCAUGUGGUCGUUCAACGAAGAGCUCUCAUCUCUUUUAUUGGAACAUCUUGUUCGGACAAAUACAUGCAUCAUCAUCAUUAUCAACAACAACACGGAUGAUGAUUAUGGAAGUACAUGCAUCCUCCACCAUCAUGAUACAUGGCACAAUGUAUUGAAUACAUCCUUCUUUCAACAACCAAAACAACAACAAAAGGUGGAACUUUUUGAAACAUGUCUUGAAGAUGUGAAUGGUGAUGAUGGUAUUGAUAGAACUAGGAAAGGAAGAAGAAGCAUUCUCUCAAGAACCACCACAUGUCUGAAUCAUCAUCGACAUCUUCAUGUUUUAUACAACCAUGAUUCGAAUACAAACAAAUCCACUGAUGAUGGAUGGAAUGAUUUUUCUUCACUCUUAUCCAUCAUGAUUCAAAGCAUGGUGGCAUCUUUCAUGGUUCAAUUAUUCCAAAAUUCAAAAAGUUCAAAAUUACCUUCCAUGAUGAUGCACAUGCAUGAAUGGAAAUUUUCAAAUCACAGUAAUGGAAAUACCAACAAGAGUGGUGGUACUAGUGGUAGCGGUAGUGGUAGUAGCAACACUCAUGCGAAUAAUAAUAACAACAACAACCAUAACAGCAGCAACAGUAGUAGUGGAAGAACGAGUCGUCAAAGUAAUCAUAGCAGUAGUGGAAGUGGAAAUAUUCAUUCUUCAUCAUCCUCUCUGGGAAGUAAUAGCAGUGAAAAUUUUCAAUCGUUACCACUUGUAACACAAGAGGAUAAUGAUGAUCUCUCGUCAGAUCAUUUAUUUGCCUUAAUUGACAUUAUUGAUGGAACACAAAAAGAAAAGAAUGGAAUCAAAUAUUGGGUACAACGAAAUGUGAUUACCAUUCAAGUCAUUUCAUCCUUUGUGUUUGAUACAUGUAUUGUUAACUGUAAUAAGGAAGGAAGUUCUGAAGCCAAACACAUGGAAACAUUAUCAUUUGUUGACUCGUUCACAAAGAUGAGUGAAUCAAAAAUUGCUGAACUGAACUUGUCAACAACAUUUCGCUCACAAGAACACGAAUUUUAUGAAGCACAAUUUAGAAAGAAAUUACCUUAUACGAGUGGAAGACCUGAAACUCAAAAAUUAAUUUGGCUUUCCGCUGAGUUCAGUAUCAAUAAUAGGAUUAUUAAGACAGUGACUUCUCCCAAGUUUUAUGUUUGCUCGAGACCUCAAGAUCUCAGAGGUGUCACUCGAGUAGGUUCCUCUUCCGAAGAUGCAUUACAGACAUCCCCUCAAUCUCAGCACGCUUCAAAACUGGCUGCCCAAAAAGGUGUGAUUCGUGGAAUGGUCUCAGUUAUUCCUCGAAAGCAAAUAAUGGUAGAGCCUUCAAGUCAAUCCACCACUUAUUCUAAUCCUCAACCUUCGCUUCUUCCUCCAACUGGCAUGACCAGUAGUAGCACUUCUUCUUCUCGACCUGUGAAUAUUCCUCCCAAAAAUUCUUUGGAAACAAAGCAACAAUAUCAAGUGCAAUUUCCAUCGGCUCAUCCUCCACCAGUUUCAGCUUCUCAAUUAUUACACACUAUUCCUUCUCCCCCAUCCACAUCUAGUAAUAACGUUUCCAAUAUUUAUCAACAUACCUUUCAACAACCUCCACAACCUCCUUUUUUCUCCACAUUAUACACCUUCCAACAUUAUCAGCAAUCACAGCAAACUAGAUACAAAAUUAUUUUCGAUUCAUCCAAAUAG